AUGAAGAGCAAGACUUUCAUGCUGUCGACGUGGUUGCAGAUCCUCCUCACCUUGGCCACAUUGAGUCAUCCAUCAAUCGCCGAUCUCACAACAUUCAACGAGCCUUGUCUUGGUGUCGUCAGCGAUCAAUUAUCCAUCGACGGAGAUGAUCUACUGUGUCAGACACCUACUGGAAUGCUAUACAAUGUUUCAUCUGUUGGAGAUACUUGGGUCGAGAAGCAUAUGCUCACCGGAGAACUCUUCUCCGGAGAGACGAUCCUUGAGAUUCCUGCCAAUACUAUUCUAAACACCGAUACACAAACGCUUGAGAUGGACGAACCACCAUCUCUUCACCUACAAGAUCAGGGACGAAGAAGAUUACGGCAACUCGCAAAAACACAAGGCGACAAGACGGUCCUUGCCGUCCGUGUUGUUGCAUCCAACAGCGAUACAACCCAUAAUGCAGAAGAGAUUUCUCAUGCCAUCUUUGGCGGUCCCAACGACCAUGUUAACCUCAAAUCGCAAGUCCACGCUUGCUCUCACGGUAAACUAAACUUUGAAAGGCGUCCAGACUUGGACGGGGUUGAUACAAAUAUCCGCAAUGGAGUUGUCACCAUCAAGGUUAUCAUGACAGUUGAAGUCGGGCACUCAAAAAUUGUCAAUGCUGUAUCACAAGAGAUUCUUCGACAAUUUGACAAGACCCACAUGGACAUUGCAGACCAUGUAAUGUAUUGUUUGCCUAUCGGAGCCAUGGACGGAGUUGCGUAUGCUAUCAUGAACAGAGGUCUUUCUGUUUACAAUGAUAAGUUUUGCACUUCUGUUAGUGCGCAAAUGCAUGAAAUCGGCCAUAACUUGAACCUUGGACACUCAUCAGAACGUACCGAAAAGUAUGGAGAUCAAAGUGGAAUGAUGGGAUACUCUUAUCGUUCCAGCGAGGCCCCCAAGAUGUGCUACAAUGCCGCAAAGAGCUUUCAACUUGGAUGGUUCCGUGACAAGACAUCUUCCUACACUCCAGGAGAACCUAGCUGGGCAGAUCAUGACCGUACCUUCAAUCUUGCCAGUAUCGUGGAUUACGAUACUACCAACUACGAUGUCACUGUCGAAAUUCUCCAACCGCAGCUCCAACUCAAUUACUAUAUCAGCUUCAAUGCCGGAAAAGAGUUCAACUCUGGGGUUAGAGAAGGAAAGAAUCAAGUGCUGAUAUUCAAGCAGGCAUUGAUCGAUGGGAAUGAUUCUUGGCGUGUUGCUGAUCUUGCUCCUGGUCAGUCUUUCACCGUAUCUGACUUCAAUGGCAAAACUGGAGAUAAGCUUACAAUUACUGUGAACUCGAUGAAUCUUGGAACCAGCGAAGCAGUUGUCCGCCUUCAGUUGCAGCAAGCCAGACGCCCAACUCCGUCACCAACUCAGUUUCCGACAAAAGCUCCAACAUCUGCCCCCACGCCCAGACCAACUCGAGAUGCUGUUGGAAGAAAUCCUACACCAGAUGGCUCUAACGUCACCGGUCAGUCCUGUCAGGGUUCUUUUCAGACAUGCUCAGGCACCCCAGAAUGUUGUGCAGGGUACUCCUGCCGCAGAAUAUUAGACCCAUCGGGUUUCCACAAUGUUUGCAGAGCAGUUACUAAGAACUCCAAGGAUAAGCUGCCCCGUACUACACUUAAAUGGUGGGACCGUCGAUUGCGUGGUGACAGCACUGCAAAUCGUCUUAAGGAUUCUGAAGAUGAACUAGCUGAAUAA